AUGGGCGACUCGUGUGACGGCCUGCUCAACAAUCUGGGCCGCCAAUACCAGGAAAGUGCUUCAGGCAAGGGUCUCGAGAGAAUAUUAAGUGGCUUUGGGGAGGUUCGUGACACGAAGGUGCAGCCCAAGCGAGGAGGGUGGGGAGGGCCGGCGCAAGCGAAAAGGGGCGGCCCGAGCGUCUCCUACACCGCACCCGUGCCGACUCCGACCACGCCGCCGUCGGGUCCGACAUCGUUGUCAACGUCAACCACGUUGAGCGGGGCGGGCAAGAACGGGACGAGGUACAUCGUGGUGCUGGGCAAGCGACUCAAAAAGAACGGGAAACCGGAGCUGUGCCUCUCCGAGCGCCUGGCCUUUGCCAUCGACCACUUCAAGAGCACCUACCAGCCUGGGCACUUCUUGGUGAUGAGCGGGUCGAUGGUGGAGAAGCGGGCCAACAUGACCGAGGCCGAGUGCAUGAAGCGCAUCGCGGUGGAGGCCGGCGUGGAUCCGUCGCUCAUCCUGCUCGAGGAGGUCUCCUGGAACACCUUCUCCAACGCCUUCUGCACCAAGAAGCUUCUUCAUCAACUCAUCACCAACCGUAAGUCCAUCUUCCACAUUCACGUCUCCUCUGAUGAAGACGACGAGAUGAUGACGAUGAAGAUGAUGCCAACAGGGGACAGGGUGACCGAGGUGGUGGUGGUCACAAGCGACUUCCACGGGUCGAGGGUGCAGCGGGUGUUCGAGGCCGUGUUCGAGGACUGCCGGCACAGCUUCAUCGCGCUCUCGUUCGCCAACGCCCCGGCCACGCUGACCGAGGCCCAGGUGGCCCGCGAGGCCCGGGCCGAGACCCAGAUGCUGGCCAAGUUCGACGCCGACCUGCAGCGACACCUCGCCAUGACCUGGUAG